CUUCAACAUGAUGUUGAGUGUAUUGUUUAUUCUGUUGCUACAUCAAGUGGUGUGUGAUGUUGUGAUGACGAAUCGUGGACCUGUCAAGGGGCAGAAGGGGGACGAUGGGAGUUUCAGAUAUUUAGGUAUACCGUAUGCUUUGGUGGACGAGAAACACCCUUUUGGAAAAUCACUGGAUCAUCCAAAAUUUGAAACUGUUUUUAACGCAGCUGUAUCUUCUAUAAUGUGUCCCCAAGUUCGGGGAAUCGAAGGGGGCGUCCUACAAUGUUUGCGUUUGAAUAUAUUUGUACCAAAGAUUGCCAGCGUUGAUCGACCAGUGCCUGUAUUAGUUUGGUUUCACGGCGGAGGCUUUAUUACUGGCAGUGGAGGCGAAUAUGAUGGCAAAUAUUUGAUCCAACAUGGUAUUAUAGUUGUCACUAUUAACUAUAGAUUGGGUCCAUAUGGAUUUUUCUGUUUAAAAGACCCAGAAGUACCAGGCAACCAGGGUUUGAAAGAUCAAGUCACAGCUUUAAGAUGGGUGAAGGAAAAUAUUCGUAGGUUCGGUGGAAAUCCUGAUGAGGUUACAAUUGCUGGGCAAAGUUACGGAGGAGGCGCGGUUGAUUUACAUUUAUAUUCGAAAAACGAAAGGCUAUUUAGUAAGGCUAUAAUUCAGAGUGGAAGCGCUGAAGUACCAGGCAUGUAUGUAAAGCCUGAUUAUCAUGCUGCUAUAAAAUUGAUCAAUCAUCUAGGUUACAACACAACAAGCACAAAGGAUGCUUUGAAACAUUUAGCCGCAGUAGAUCCUAUAGCUCUAAUGAAAGCGGCCGAUGAUAUUAAAUUUCAACCACGAGUUUGUAAAGAAAAGCGUUCGGUAGGAACUCAACAUUUCAUUAUAGACGAUCCUUUCCACUUGUACAAUUCUGAGAUAAUUAAAGACACACCCAUUCUUAUUGGUUAUAAUAGCAAAGAAGAUUUUAGCAAUUUCGUAAAUAAAUCUAACAAAUUCUAUUCUAAUUUGGAUACUAUAUUUUAUGAUAAAUUAAAAAGCAACUUUAAUAUCGAAGAAGAUGAGUUGAAAACUCUUGCAAAAGUCAUUCAUACCUUUUAUAUGGGUAGUAAGAAAUUUUCUAAAACCUCAAUGUUGGAACUAGCGGAUUUCUCAUCUGAUUUUAUUCUCAAUCAUGCAGCAGAACGUUCUGUGAAUAGAUUUAUGAACCAGAAAGCUUUGAAGGUAUACAAAUAUAUAUUUUCUUAUAUUGGAGGCAGUGUUUUUAAAGAUGUGCCAGGUGUUGGAGCAUACCAUACGGAGGAGUUACCGUAUCUUUUCGAUCGUAAGACCAUGUUUAAUGAGGAACAGAAACUAAUUAGAGACAGGAUGACAAAAAUGUGGGCGAAUUUCGUGAAAAAUGGGAAUCCAACUCCAAAAGUGACUAAGUUACUCCCGGUACAUUGGAGUCCGGUGAACGAGUCGAGGCCGUAUAUGAACAUAGAUGUCAACAUGGAAAUGAGAAAUUACGUUUACCGCGAGAGGAUGGCGUUAUGGGAUCUUUUCUGGCAUAAUUAUUGGAAAGUCGCUAUUGUAACUGAUAAAAGACGGAAACUUUAACAUGUAACUUAAGUUAUAUUAAAGUUUAUAAUAUCUAUAACAUUUGUAGUCGAUGGUCAUAACUUACUCUGUGCAUUUUCCGUCUCUUUUAAUAUUUAUAAAACAGACUUAAUA